UGCAAAAAACGGGACGGCACAGUUUGCUGGUCGCACAACAUACGGGUCUAUCCGGGACUCCAGAACGUGGCCGACAUCGGCCGAGUGGCGGCCCACACAUCCCACACCUACUUUAUACCGGAGAACUAUGUAAAACACAAAUGGGACGCGUUUGACAUAGGCAUGCUCAAACUGAACGAGCCCAUCCAGUUCGCGAACAGCACCGGACACAGGGCUGUUAACGGUGUGUGUCUGCCACGUAAGGCGGUGUACAACCGGUACGAAGAGUACGCCGUGAUGGCCGGUUUUGGUAAACUAAACAACGGGGGUGAUUCUGGUGGUCCAUUGAUACAGUACGUGGACGGUGUGGCUGUACUGAUCGGUAUAUCCAGGGGUGUGGAGCCCAUACCAACCGCUCAUUGUGUUGUUCAAGAUCCCAAUAAGCGAGCAUGGUUCACCAGGGUGUCGCUUAAAAUUGACUGGAUCAUUGGCACGGUGGCUAAUUUUAGUACUCCAUAAUAUAUAAUGAGCUAAUCAUUGUACAAUGGCUAAUAAUUUACAUUUUAAAAUUAUUUAAUGUGUG